UUCCAGCAGGACGUCCGUGAAGAUACAUGCCUCAGCUGAGCGCGGGACAUGUGUGGAGCUGCUGGGAGCGGAGCGGGACUCAGGGACAAGGAGGAGGGGAUGGAGCCGUGGAGGAGAAACAGAUGAUCAGCCGAGAGCUGGAGGAGAGAGCUGGGCGAGAGUGGACACGGAUGAGACUGCAUUGGAGAAACUGGCCGAGAUGGAGUCCGUGCCUGGCUCUGAUGUUCUUGGUUCUUCUGGAGGAGUCUCCUCUUCACCCCUCUGUGGGUCUGACUGAAGCCUCGGGUCGACUGCUCCUCGCUGGGCUGCUGUGUGCUGCCAUGUGUCUCUGCUCUUCAGCUUUCCACUUCCUGCUCCGUUAUAAACAGAAAGUCGAGAAGCAUCUCCCAUUAAACGGUGAAGUGAUAGUGAGACAAACUGCUGAAAACCAGCAAGCCAGUAUAAAUCCCCAGCCGGACGCAGGUCGUCUUGAAUCCCAGGUCAGUGCUCUAGCGGAUGGUUUAGUGGUGUCCCUGCUCCACGAGCCCCUGCCGGACCCCAGCGAGACACACAUACAAGACCUCCUCUCCAGACUCGAGGCGGUGUCUCGGACUCUCCACAGAAAGAGUUACGAGGAACAAACUGAGGAAAAGGAGAAAUGUGCACUUCAAGACAGAUUCAACCACAUACGCUCUUACCUGAGGGACAGGGUGAGCGGUCUGCGCUCUCUGCUGCAGGUUCAGCGUGAGUGUGAAGCGAGUGUGUGUGCUCUUCAGAGCGGGUUACAGAAGCGCUGGGCUCUGCUGGAGGAGUUACACACUCGGGUGACUCUGAGGCCUGACGGCACACAGGGAACGCACGACCCUCACGCCGUCCUCGCAGACGCCGAGAGCCUGUUCUGUGAGCUCGGCCAGUUCAAAAGUAAAGUCCAGCAGUGCCGGGCGCAGCUGGAAACCAAUAUAAACCUUUUGAAGGGACUUCGUAGCAGUCAUCAGUUUCUGAACGAAAGUUUCAGUGCCACCAUCACCUCUACAUGGACCAAAGAGUUAUUACAGUCCAGCAAUGAUCUGUUUUCUGAGAUCCAUGAGGAUUUCACGUCUUUGGAACAGCAGACGUCAAAUUUUGUGAUCCACUUGAGAGGCCUGAAGGCUUUUGAGGAGGAAAAGACCAGAUUAUCUGUGAAUCAGUCACGAGCGUCUCUUCCCGCUGUCCCUGUGUACGUCGCUGCUGCUGAAGAAGCACAAUCACAAUCUGACCCAGAAAGUGAUCCGGAGUCGGCAGGAGCCUCACAGAAGACCCACUCCAGAACGUCCCCCUUCCACAAGCUCUGUGGGACGAGGAGGAGGAAGUCGUCACCGUAGCUGGAUGCUUUUUAAGCCCAAUAUGUUAUGUGACAGCCUGCUGAGCAGGUGUAAUGACAGUUUUUGCACUUUAUUUACAGUUUUCAUAUGUAUUAUGAUAAAAAAUGGUCGUUAUAUAGUUUCUGUACUUUGAGUCUGACUUGUAAUUUUCAAAAUGUGAAAUUUGUAAAUAAGGUCUCAUAUGCAUCAUAAAUAAAAUAAUAAUAAUAAUAAUAACA